AUGGCCCAGCAAAAUAUGAAAGUGAGACCCGUGCUCCUCAAGCGUAAUAGUCUAGAUUCAGUGGAGUUCGUGAAACAGACUCACCACCGCAGGAGCAAAUCCCAGCAAGUGAGAUUCAAAGAAGAUGGGACCACAAAGAAUCCAACUGGCCUGACAGAGGUUGAUGUCCACACCCCUGAAGACCCAGUGGUCAUGGGGAAAACUCCAGUGUCCCGGCACCAUCAUCCCCCCACCUACUCGCUCUCCUUCCCCAGGUCCCAGAAGGCAGGGGGCUUUCGGAACAUUGCAAUCCAAACUUCCCCCAGUCUCAGGAAGCAUUUUCCAGUUUUCAAAAGGAAGAAACUCACGGCCAGCAAGUCACUGGUGGAAAUGCCGAUAGCAUCCCCAAGUGCCAUCCAGGUCAAUGGCAACCUCUCUGAACAGGACAUCCUCUCCUCCAACCUUGCCUACUUGAGGUUGGCUCAGCAUCUUGAGGAUGGGCCUCAAAGGCUCAAGGUGGCCCACUCGUUUCUCCCCGGGGUGUCCAAGGUGCAGAGCAAUGGGCCUGUUAGCAUAUGCUUGGAAGCAGGAACCUGGAAGUCUUCUGAGAAAGCAACAGCUGCCAUUCAGGUCCCAGAUGACAUUUAUCACAGUCCUUCCUGGGACUCCAGAGAGCCCGCUUCCAGUCCAGACAGGUCGGCUGAAAGAAGCAAGUCUAUACACCAUUUGGUUGACACAUGUCCUGGUGAUGGGAGAAUGGUGACUCCACCAGAUUCAGAAAGAUCCCCCUCCUGCUCAAAUGCUACCAGCGGUGCCAACCACAUGCCAGGCACAGAGAAACUUAAAUCUGAAUUGCUUUUGCCCAAAGACAACCCUGAUGACAAAGGCCUUUGUCCACUGUCAUCUCAGUCAAAGGAAACAUCCAUGCCCUCACCUCCACGGACUCACAGCUGCCCCUCACCAGGCUCCCACACCCAGCCAGCCCACCCAGCAAAAGCCCCAGACUGUCCUUUAUCAGACAAUCACCAGAAUCUGGUGUCCCUCAAAACUAAAAGUGCAUCAAAAUCUGCCCCUGUGUGUCAAGAGCAGAUGGCAAAGGACCCCACCCAGUCAGAUGCCCCGGAGUUGCCAAAUUGUCCAGGAAGCAGUCCCCUCCCGUCCUCCCUUCCAAGCAACGAGACCAAACUUCAGAGCAACAGGGAGAUUAGUGGCAUUAAUCAGAUUCACCUGGCUCGGGGCGAACUCUGCGACCUCCAAGGCCGGCUGCAAUCCGUGGAGGAAUCUCUGCACUCGAACCAAGAGAAAAUUAAAGUCCUAUUGAAUGUAAUUCAAGACUUGGAGAAAGCUCGAGCUCUCACUGAAGGGCGCAACUUUUAUCGAACCGGCCAAGACCUCAACAACUGCAGUACCUGCCAGAACACGGCGUGCAUCAUAUACAGUGUAGAGUAUGAUUUUCGGCAGCAGGAAGGCAGGUUCCAUGAAGUUCUGCAGAGUCUGGAGGAAGCUGAGCCAGCUGAAGAAGCAUCUCCCCCACCAAAGUCCCCAGCAGAACCCCCGGUCCCAGAAAAACAGGACUUAAGGCGGAAAACCAAGAAAGUGAAGAAGAAAUGCUUCUGGUGGAUCUGA